GGAUGGGGAGAUACGGCAGCCUUCCCGCCCCGCAGAUUGCCCUUUACUACUCGGUUUGGAGGACAGGGGUGUCCAGUCCUACGAAGCAUACUACUUCCGUCGCUGGCUGGGUCUAAGAGUCAGAGCCGCUGGGUUGUAGCCCCAUCACUUACAUGCACGUGGCGUGAGCUUGAUCCUCCUCCUCCCUUUUAAAUCUGAGCCUCAGUUUCCCCUUCUCAAAAACAGAGGAGGGUUGGGUCUGCUGAGCGUUAAUAUUCCAGACUGUAAUAGGGUGCAGAGGAGGGGUAGAGGGGGGGACCUGCACGUGACCUCCCCGCGCAGGGCCCCGCCUAUCCCUUGUCCAAGGGAUGGGAGCGCCCAGCGAGGAAGGGCGGGGGUGGGCGGAUCCUAAGAAACCCGACACCGCUGCCCUUAAGGCGCCUGGAGCGAGCUGCUCAGCGGCCCGCUAGCCCUGGCGACGGCAAGGGAGGAGGAUGGGGACUUCAACACGGGCUUCGCAGGUGCUACCGUGGAGGCAAGGGCUGCGCAGAGAUUCGGCGUGUGACUAGGAGCGCACCUGGGGUGGAUGGAUGAGGGAAUGGCAAACCCGGUCAGCGGAAGCGCCUGUCGUGGACCCUGAGCAGCGGCAGCGCCAAGCUCCUCUCGGGCCAUGAGGAGUGCUCGGGCCGUCCGGCCGAGGAACGCCGUCGAGGCUGGCUGCAUACUGCUGCGCUGAGUGGGUGAAGGUGAGAGGGGCGCAGGCGGCCGGGCUGCGCGGGAGAGCAGCGCCAUGGCGAAGGAGGAGUGCAAAGCGCUACUGGACGCGCUUAAUAAGGCGACCGCAUGCUACCACCACCUGGUGCUGACCAUCGGAGGCUCCGCAGACUCCCAGAACCUGCGAGAGGAGCUGCAGAAGACGCGCCAGAAGGCGCAGGAGCUGGCGGUGGCCAUCCGCGUCGGGCUGACAGCCCCGUUGCGCGACCGGAGCCUGGGCGCCGAGGAGCGCGCCGAAUUCGAGCGCCUCUGGGUGGCCUUCUCCGGCUGCCUGGACCUGUUGGAAGCCGACAUGCGGCGUGCACUGGCCCUGAGCACUGAGUUUCCGCUGCAGGCGCCGCGCCGGCCGCUGGUGCGCACAGGGGUGGAAGGCGGCGCGACCGGCGUAGCGGCGCGCGCCCUGAGCGCCCGCAGCCUGCGGCACGAGGCGCAUCGCGACUUCGACGUGGAAGACCUGCACCAGCUGGAGCGGGAGAUCCUUCAGGUGGGCGAAAUGAUCCAGGAUAUGGAGAUGAAGGUCAACGUGCCCCGCUGGACGGUGCAGGCCCGGCAGGCGGCAGGUGCCGAGCUCCUGUCCAGCGCCAGUGCCGGCGUCUCCUCGGUGGGCGGCGUGUCGGUAGAACAGCGCACUGGGCCCUGCGACCUGAGCAAGGCCAAGGUGGCCACCAUCUUCAGCGCAGUGCUGCUGGCGGCUGUGGCCUUGGCUGUGUGCGUGGCAAAGCUGAGCUGACCCGUACCCGACGGGCCCCCGCCUCCACCAACCCCUCUCCGGAGACACCCCUGGAGAACGUCUGCAACCCCCUGGACUAGGGAUGGGAAUGGGUCUGGCAUGUUUAAGGGGAGCGGUUCUAAAGCACAGUGUGUGUAACGGGUAUGUUUGUACGCGUGUUUCAAGCACACAUCUGCCUGGGCAGAACGUGGCUUACCUCUUGCUGGCCCGGGAGGAGUUAAUUUUGCGCGGGCCACCAGGGCAUUAUCGCUAAUGUAUGCAAGAGCUUUAUCCCCUAUUAAUAGAAAACCGUUCUCAGUGACCUGAGAUUCUUCCCAGUUAAUACGUUACCGCCUGUGCUGCUGGGGCGUGUUUACGCUGAGGCUGAGCUUGGUGCCCCCACCCCUGCGGGUGAUUCCCAUUCUCGAAGAGAGACAGUUUGGAAAGAGGAUGGGGUGAAAUGAAGUGUGAGGUGAGGGCGCUGUUUUGUGUUUGUGUGUGUUGCUUUUGUUUCCUGGAACAAGAAAGCAAAUGGUAAUAAGAUGUGAGCAGUUUUUAUUACCUUCAUCCUUUGGGGCCUAAGCUUAGGAGAAUGUGUGUUCUUAUAGGACAGGAUUACACACUUCUGCACCUACUUGCCUACUGAAAAUGACUCCCUGGGUGGGACACAAGCUUUGGGAAGGGACGCAGUCUAUCCAUACAAGCACUUUCUCCUUGACUGGGGCUUAUUUUUGUUCCAGAACUAGACCAGAGUUUUUGAUCCUCCUUUGGGGGAGGGCUGGGGAAUCCUCUUUGGAGCCCUUAAUCCUAACUAUCCCUUGGAAUUUGCUUGCUAGCCAGUAGGAGAGCUGGCUUUGGAGGGAGCUGCACAACUCCCUGACCUGGACACCCCCUGAGAGGGUCAAAUGACAUCACUGGGCUCAGAGGUUUUGAGCCAAUCAGCCCUGAGACUAGGUUAGAACGUAACAGCUUUAACUUCAAAAUUUAGGAGAUUUUU